AUGGCCAACCCCGCAAUCCACAAGUACGGAACUGACGACGGCUGGCACGGCGUGAUCCAAGAGGGCGGCGAGUUUCCCCCGGAAAAAGAUAGAUACCAUCUGUAUAUCGGCCUCUUCUGCCCCUUUGCCCACCGCCCGAUGCUGAUCCGCAACCUGCUCAACCUGCAACCGUACCUCCCCAUCUCCAUCGUGCGGCCCUACCCCAAAGGCGAACCCGGCUGGCGCUUCGACGCCAGCUAUCCGGGCAGCACGCCCGACCACCUCUUCAACAGCCGCUUCAUGCACCAAAUCUACUUCCGAGACGACCCGGCCUACAAGGGCGUAUACAGCGUGCCGCUGCUGUGGGACAAAAAAACCAAUCGCAUCGUGUGCAACGAAAGCGCUGAAAUGGCGCGCUGGCUCCCCUCUGCAUUUUCCCCGCUCGCCAGCACCACAGACGACAGCAUCAAAAUCCUGGAUUUCUAUCCCGAAAAGCUCAGAUCCAAAAUAAACUCCAUCCUCCCGUGGCUCACACAGCGCCUCUGCCUGGGCGUCUACAAAGCCGGGUUCGCGCGCACGCAGGCGUCGUACGAGGAGCACGUGAUCCCGCUAUUCGCGGCGCUCAACGCCCUCGAAGCACUAGUGCAUGCAAACGGGGGUCCGUAUAUCCUGGGCGCGCAAAUCACCGAGCUGGAUGUCCUGGCGUAUCCGACCAUAGUGCGCUUCGAUACCGUGUAUGCGCAGCAUUUCAAGACGAAUCUCGGGUCCAUCAGACAUGAGUACCCCGUGCUGAAUAAUUGGCUAAAGGGCUUGUAUUGGAAUGUGCAGGGCGUGAGCGAGUGUACGGAUUUCACGCAUAUCAAGGAGAAUUACACCAAGAGUCAUGGCGAUAUUAAUCCCCUCGCCAUAACGCCUCUGGGACCGUACCCAGAUGUGGAAGAGGGAUAUGAAGCCGACUGGAGCAAACUAAAACCAGGCAAAGUGGCGCAUCCAUUGGUACUCGAGAUGCAGAGUAAGCUGUAA